UGUCGGCAGUUGUAGUCAAUUUCAGGACUCUUUGGAGCUAAGUGCCGCAUGAAAGACGCUGACGCUGUUUCGUGUCGCAGCUAUGCCGGCAAAAUGUUGUGUACCUGGGUGUUAUAAUUCGGUACCGAAAGUACACAUGUUUAGCUUUCCCAACGAUGAAGACGCGCGGAAAGCAUGGGCACGGGCCAUUCCAAGGGAGAACUUUGUUCCAUCUAUAUAUUCAAAGGUCUGCGAGCGGCAUUUCAGCCCCGAUGAUAUUCUUCGAGAAGAAAGCUACAUCGAUGACUCCACUGGUCGCACAGUGACUGCACCGCUGUCACUCCUGCGUCUUCGGCCAGAAGCUGUACCUUCUAUUUUCCCAAAGCUUCCCGAGUACAUGUCCAAAGAACGAAGAAGGGAGGAUCCAGUCGCUAAGCGACAACGUUUAGAUCCGUCCGCUCUCCAAAGAGCACUGCAGGAAUCCAUUGUGACAGCCCAAAAAGAACGAGAAGCGGAUAGUAUUGAUAAUGUAAAAAAGUUGGCUGAAUUCGUGAGAAAUGAAUGCCCCACGUUCUGGACUGUUAUAGAGACGAAUGAGCACGUGCUAAUCGCGCACAUUGUCGGAGAUGAAUCUCCGUGGAUCAAGUAUUCGGUCGUUGUGAAAUCCGACCUCACCGUUACUUUUAAUUUUGCGAAAACAGCGGUCGAACGACUAGGCCGCCACUUGACUCCACCGUGUAUAGCAAACAGCAAGCGAGAGGUGAUCGAAUUCCUUGAUGGCAUUCAACGAUUUGACAGCGACAUUGGCACAUGCUCGGAGACCUCAGAGGAGGAAAUCUACGCGACUGUCAUCACCCUGCUUGGCAAAAUACCAAUUGAUCAAGCAAAAGACAUGGCACAGUCACUCCAGUUAUUAAUUGAGCAAGUGAAGCUGUUGUCUUCGAAAAGGGAUAGGCGUUAUUCUGCAGACUUUAUCAUCGUUUGCUGUCUUUUGCACAUAAUAUCGCCCAAUGCUUACAGAUACCUAUGCAGCCACGGCAGCAUUAUUUUGCCAAGCCAAUGGACCAUAAAAUCAAUAUGCUUAUCAGUUGGAAUGAGCCCUGAACUGGACCAGCAAAAUGGUUCUUUUCUAAGGUACAUGGCCAGAAGAAUAAGCGCCUUAGUCGACAUACAGCGCUAUGUUAUUUUAACAGUGGAUGAAAUCAACAUUAAGCCAUUUUUUGAUUGCCAAAAGAAGAACAAUGCUGAAGUUGGACUUGCUUCGUCAGAAGUACCAAGCAGGGCUUUUGUUUUCAUGGUUGAAAGUCUCGCUUGCAGUUUCAAAGAAGUAGCUCAUGUCUCGCCUGUUCACAGAGUUAAUGGAGAGUCCUUGCACAGGCUGAUGCGAAGUGUUAUUUGUGGAUUGGAAGACAUUGGCUACAGAGUUAUGAGUGUUGUGACCAGCAAUAGUCCUGUGAACAGGAAGGCAAUGCUGCCCUUUAAAUGUUCUAGGACUAUGGCCAGUGACCUUGCCCCACAGAAGACUCCCACUAAUGACUUUGUCUUCCCGCAUCCCUGUGACUCUCAAAGGCCACUUUUCUUUGUGAUAGACCCUGUGCAUAUAUUGAAGCGUGUGCGUAAUACCUGGCUGAAACAAAACGAUCAAUGCUUCUUGUUUCCAGAAUUUGAGCCUAAUGUCAGCGGGCAGCGGCGCCUGCUUUGUGCAUCCUUUAAUGCUAUCAAGAAUGCUUACAACUUGGAGUCUGACCUGCUGGUCCAAUAUGGCUAUGCAUUAUCGAAGGCAGCUGUUUCCUCUACAGAUGUAGAAAAACAGAAUGUACAGGUCGCUCUGGAAAUAUUCAACCACUCGGGGCCUAUUGCUCUGUGUGCAGUUGGGGAGAAGCACAACAUAGAACACUACAAAGAAACAACCAUUUUCAUCGAAAUCUUAGCGAAGUGGUGGACAAUUGUUAGUGUGAAAACUCCUUCAGAAGGGCUUUGGUUAAGGGACGAGUUUCAGAACACUGAGUUUCCUCCGCCGAAUAAUCACGAGGUGGCUUUCCUCUACAGUUUUCUAGACUGGCUGGAAGAAUGGAGUGAUGACAAAGCUAAUGCCUGCAAAUUGAGUGAAACAACUCAUCAUGCCCUUCACCAGACAACCCGGGCACUUCUAGAAAUUGCCAGGUAUUGCUUUGAUGAUCUCAAAAUGUCAGAAGUACUGCUUGGGAAGUUUCACACAAACCUCCUAGAAGACCGGUUUGGAAGAUGCAGGCAUAAGGCUCCCGUAUCGUGAGUUUGUAAGGCAGCUGCACAAGCAGAAAGUUAGAUACAUACUACUGCAGAUUGAUUAUCUGUAGCUGAAAUUGGCUAAAAUCGAGAAGUGGCAGCACCAUGAUAUGGCAGCAAACAUAUCAAAACAUCUGCAAUGUCAUCAUAUUCCCCUGAGCACACGGAGCACAUAUACAGGAAAUUCCAGAAUGUGAGACAAGGCGAGUGAUGUAAAUAUACAACCACACCUUCACCUUCGGAUCUACUGCACAGCCUCCCAAGAUUCGACGCUAGUAUUAAAUUGUGUGCAAUCAGUCCUACAUGCAUCUCGCAACCAGCUGGCUUGUAAAGUUGUGAAGACUUACCAACAUUCUGGUAAUUACUGCACACACAAGGCUGCUCAAUCAUCAUGUAUAUAAAAUUGCUGUUUUCCAGUACCACUUUCACGGAUGGUGCCAUCAGACAACUUCCCAUCAACCUAAUACUCCAAGUAUAAGGCACACUAGACUGCACACAUUCAGCUCUGAAUUCCACCAGGGCUGCACCGACGAGGGGCAACGCUGCUGUAUUGGUUGUGGUUAGGGUUUCUCACCAUCACCCGGAAUGGCUGGCAGUGCAGCAUACAGUGCCUGUGGCAGAAAGAACACUGAGCACCUGUUGUGCUACUGCUAUUGAUUUGACUAUACACAAUACCUCAUCUAUGCAUAGGGACGAGUGGACAGCUGACCACUGUCCGUUCAGAAAAUACUCAAAACGCCAACCUUGGACCUUCAGGACCCAUGAGGACCCAGGUUGUACGCAGACAACUGCUGUGUGUAUCGCAGUAUCCUUUGUGAAAUGGAUUCGAAGCUGCUGCAAAAGGAUCUUGACUAUAUUUUUUCCUGGUGUCAGAAUUGGAAAAUGGCCCUCAAUCUUUCGAAAUGCAACACAAUCAUGUUCACAAAAAAAGAAAUC